AUUACAAUGAACCUGUCUGGAUAUUCAAUAAAUCACACACUUGGCUGUUUGACGGAUGUUCGGUCUCUAUAGAGCAACAAAUUUUCUAUGCAUAUUAUUUUUGCUCCAAACUUACUCACAACGUAUUCAGGUAAUCUAUGAGGGGCAGAAUGUUGCAUUCUAUUGUAAUGCUACCGGUGGCUCCAAAAAUGAUUACAUACACUACCAAUGGGAGGUUAAUAAUCGUGAUCUAAUAGCCACUGAUGCCUACUUUCAUAUAAGAGGCAUUCAGAAAAGUGAUGAGGGUGAGUAUAAAUGCAUUGCUACUCAAUAUGUAAAUGGGACUCCUAUCGUCGCAACUGAAUCCACAUUUAUCAGUGUUCGCAAAGCUGAUUCCGUCAUAACUCAAGAUGUCGAAGAAGGAAUUUUGGUUCGAAUUUUAUGCAAUGUAAGUAGUGAUGAGAAACCUGAUGGUGCUGGUCCAUUUCGAUACGAAUGGCGUAAUCCAAAUGGUACAUUAGUUGGAACUCAAUGGAAAUUAGAAUUGGGCCACAUCAAAGUACAUGAAUCAGGCAUAUAUGUCUGCCGUGUUUCAUACGAAUUUGACAAAAGACAAAUGUCUACCAGUUCAGCAACAAAAAUAAAUGUUAUUCCACGUGCCGGUGUAAUAUUUCCAGGAAUUCGUGGAAACGUAUUAGAAGUUUUAGAAACAGGUGAUAUUUUGCAAGAAUGUCAAGUGGUCAGUGCAAAGCCAUCUCAGUAUAACUUUCAAUGGUUUGGUCCAGAUGGUCGUUUAAUAUCUAAUUCCGCAUUUCUUCAAAGAGACUAUAUAACAAGACAACGAGAUGAAGGUAUUUACCGAUGUGUGGCUAGUCCAGUUGAAGAAGGGAGAUUACAAGUCGAGAAUAGCCUAAUUGUAACAACAGCACCACUACGUUUCCAGAUUACAACCAUAGAGGAGGACUUAAAUAUUGGAGGUUUUACACAUCGCCGUAUAGUACCAGUUGAUUCAUCUAAACCAAAUCUUACUACUCGUGAAACUUUUAUAUACCAGUGGCUAGACACAGAAAUGAAUCCAAUUCUUGAUUCGAUGGGGCCAGAUUUACGUAUCAAGUUUCAAAGUCCUUCAGAUUUUGGACGGUAUUCAGUUCGUAUCACUGGAUUGAAUUCUGGCUAUCAGAGAGAUCUGAGUACUUAUAUUACUAUGGAUGGUCGAAAUGGUGAAGUAGAACCAACUUAUUCUGUUGUAAUUCGAGAAAUUUCUGGUCCCCUUUAUUUAAAUGCACGAUUAGAAUUGGAGUGUUCUCCAAGACCACCAAAUUCAGCUGCUAGAAUUAAUUGGCUUGGUCCAGAUGGAAUGGUGGUUUCCGAUUCUAGUAAUAUAGUAUUUGAACGUUUCCAACCUCAUCAUCAAGGUAGAUACACAUGCCAAAUCUUACUACCGAAUCAAAUUAUUUUACGUCAAAGUGUAGAAUUGGUUGUUUCCGGGACAUCAACAGAAAUUCCAGAACCUGACAGACUCUAUACAAUUCGAAUUAUUCAGUCACCUACAUAUUUCAGAUAUAAUGAUGCUGUACACCUACAAUGCAUUGUUUCUCCUACACCCCCAUUAGUAUCAUAUGAGUGGUUUAAAGAUGGCGUGCUUAUUGGACGACAAGCAGAUAUCCAUAUACAGAGAUUUACCCCAGAUGAUGUUGGUCGGUAUCAGUGUGUUGCCCGACUUGACAGUAUGGUACUUACCUUUAACAGUACGAUAUCUAUUGACGAUGGUACAGGAGUGGAUUUAAUAAUGCGACCUAAUAUCAUAUAUAUCCCAGCAUUUCAUCCAUUUGAAAUUGAAUGUUUAUCUAUACGUACCGGUUUAUCACCUAUUGCCAUAUUUGGUAAUGGUGCACCUAUUGAAUCAGAUAAUCGAUUUACAAUUAUAAAACCAAAUGAACAACGAUUAAUUAUAAAAGCUACAGAUGGUUUAUCAAGUGUUUAUAAUGGUUUACGUAUUCGUGUUAUAUAAAUCUUUUAUAUGCACUUUUAAACACAGAGGAAAUAUCUCUGUACUGAUCUCUUUUCGUUAAUCAAAUAUAAUGUCUGCAAAAAUACGAAUACUUUCCCCAUAGAAAUUCAAUAUAUUCGCUGUAUUGCGUAAUCAAUAGUUGUAUGUUACCAGGACUCAAUUAUAAAGAAGUUACAUUAUACAUAAUGGAUAUUUGUACUGCUAGUCAGUCACAAUGUAGAACUCGACAAUGUAUUCAAACUUCUUCAAUAUGUGAUGGUAAAGCUGACUGUCUUGAUAAGUCAGAUGAGGGUAGCAGUUUUUGCAAUGCUGGACUUACUGUGAUUCCAACUCGUAUUGUAGUUAAACCAUCAGAACCUUUUUCACUUAAAUGUCAAACUAUUUUACCAGGGACCAGAAUGCCACAUGCACGUUUUGUACAUAGUGGUCAAGAUGUAGAGUCCGAUCCUCGAUUUAUCAUUGAGAGAUCUCCAGGUAUUCUGCUUAUUAAGGCACCAUAUGGACUUUCAGUAGAAGCCAAUGAUACAAGAAUUGAAUGUUACUUUCCCGAUGAAAGCCCUAGAACUGCAAUAAUCAAUGUAGUUACCGAUCGAUGUGGAUUAGGAUACUUCAUGUGUUAUGACGGAAAUUGUAUACAACAAUCUCAGAGAUGUGACGGGCAAACUCAAUGUCCCGAUGGAUCUGAUGAAAUUAAUUGUGUUUGCCAACCACCUAGCAUUCUUUGUUCUUCGGGUGAGUGUAUUACUCCUGAAAUGCGAUGUGACGGUACACAACAUUGUCGAGACGGCUCAGAUGAAAUUGGUUGCCGUAAGUUCAGAAAUAUGUUUUUCUAUAGAAGAGUGUGUUAUUAAACAAGUAAUGGAAUUUUGCUGUAUGGAAAUUAAGUAAAAAGAUAUAUCCUAUUAUAGAGAAAUUGAACGCAAGUUCAUGCAUCAUGAAAUAUCUAGGAUUUUGGAAUAAAAUUUACCAAUUACCAAACCUAGUUUUCACAUGUAGUAAAAUUUCCAUAGAAAAAAGAAUUAAAACGUUGGUUAUCUUUUUCCGAAGCUUUGAGGUUCUCCUGAUAAUGAGUUAUUGAAUCUUACUGAUAUAAAUGAGGUGUUUAGUCAAAAUAUAUAACACACAUAGAAAUACUCACCCGUUAAAUGUAAAUCUACAGGAAGAUCAACGUCUAGUUACAACCAUUUACUAAAUCGCUAAUAUUCGUGUAAAAAUUCCUAAUGAAAAGAGACUUAUAAAAACACCAACAGAGCAACAAAAAUAAAAUUUCAAUAAACAAAAGACUACUCAAAAAUCAUACAGAGACCAUAUGCGCACAAAUACACCAAAAAAGGGAUAUAAACCAGGAAUUACAAAAUGUUUAGAAAAUAUCGAAAGAAAAUGUGCGAGAAAAUGCAGCAGUUAGUGAUAACCGUCAAAAUGCAAUGGUUGUGUUGGUGAAUGUGUAGUAACCAAUCGACUUAAAGGCUGAGCACAUGUAUGUAACCACUGUUUGAAAUAAGAGACUAUUCUA